CAGCCCCAGCCCACACGAACACCCUGCCUCUGCGACACCACCUAGGAAGGACCCAAGAUGUUGGUGCUACUGGCUGGUAUCUUCGUGGUCCACAUUGCCACUGUCAUCAUGCUCUUCGUCUCCACCAUUGCAAAUGUCUGGAUGGUGGGUUAUUAUAACACACAAGAAGUCUCUUCAGGACUCUGGCUACGGUGCAACAAGAGCUGCACGCAACUGCUAGUGGCCUCCAGUGAUGAAGCUUCCCUCAAAACAGUACAAGCUUUUAUGAUCCUCUCAAUCAUCUUCUCCGUCAUCGCGCUUGUCGUAUUCAUCGUCCAGCUGUUCACCCUGGAGAAAGGCAAACGCUUCUACAUCACUGGAGCCGUCAUGCUGGUUUGCUGGCUGUGCAUUCUGAUYGGAGUCUCCAUUUACACGGCUCGGUUCACAAAGUUGCCUGGGACCACACGAGUUCACCACGGCUACUGCUUCAUAUUGGCCUGGAUCUGCUUUUGCUUCAGUUUCAUCAUUAGCAUACUCUACCUUGUUCUUAGGAAAAAAUAA